GAUCGGCCUUGCAGCCUCCAUUUCUCUUCCCAUGAACAAAAAAAAAUGAUUUGCGUGAUAGCGAUGAGAAUAGGGAUUUUGCAUCAGAACCCCGCGAACCGUUGAACUGGAAGAGCCAACCAGCCGCUGAACAUCAUCGUUCUCACGUUGCACGGCCGGAUUACCUGCAGCACUUGCAUCUUGGACUCCUCGCAACCAGCCAUUCAACUCGUUAGAUUCGGAGCGACGAAAUUUAGUGUGUUCCAGCCGACGCUGGUAAUUAACUGCUUCUCGCCCACAAUGGAUUCCUCCCACGUCCCUCCCGCCGCGGCCACGGAGGCGGUGCUGGUCAAAUCGGUCGAGAUGCCCGCAGGCUCGCAGAAAGUCGAAGAGCUCGACUUCAACCAGUUCAAGGGCCGUCCCAUCACCGUCGACGACCUCUUCCAGGGCAUGAAGUACAUGGGCUUCCAGGCGUCGUCCAUGUGCGAGGCUGUCCGCAUCAUCAACGAAAUGCGAGCAUGGCGAGAUCCCGAGUCGGGAGACAGGACGACCAUCUUCCUGGGCUACACCUCCAACAUGAUCUCGUCCGGCCUCAGGGGCGUCUUCCGAUACCUGGUCCAGCACAAGCAUGUCUCGGCCAUUGUGACCACGGCCGGCGGCAUCGAGGAGGACUUCAUCAAGUGCCUCGGCGACACGUACAUGUCGUCGUUCAGCGCGGACGGCGCCGAGCUGCGCUCCAAGGGCCUCAACCGGAUCGGCAACCUGGUCGUGCCCAACUCCAACUACUGCGCCUUCGAGGACUGGGUCGUCCCCAUCCUCGACAAGAUGCUGCAGGAGCAGGAGGCCAGCAAGGGCACCGAGGGCGAGAUCCACUGGACGCCGUCCAAGGUCAUCCACCGCCUCGGCAAGGAGAUCAACGACGAGCGGUCCGUCUACUACUGGGCCUACAAGAACGACAUACCCGUGUUCUGCCCCGCCCUGACGGACGGCAGCCUCGGCGACAUGCUCUACUUCCACACGUUCAAGUCGUCGCCCCAGCAGCUCCGGAUCGACAUCGUCGAGGAUAUCCGACGGAUCAACACGAUCGCCGUCCGGGCGAAGCGCGCGGGCAUGAUCAUCCUGGGCGGCGGAGUGGUCAAGCACCACAUCGCCAACGCGUGCUUGAUGCGGAACGGGGCCGAGUCGGCCGUCUACAUCAACACGGCCCAGGAGUUUGACGGGAGUGACGCCGGCGCUCGGCCGGACGAGGCCGUGUCCUGGGGCAAGAUCAAGGCGGGGGCGGAUGCGGUCAAGGUUUACGUGGAGGCCACCACCUGCUUCCCGUUCAUCGUAGCCAAUACAUUUGCCAAAGACGAUCAAUAGAGAGACACCUCUCAAAUUAGCAAGAGAAUCAUGAAGAUUGCUCAUCGGGUGCCGCUCCAUCUCCGAAAGACAGACGGGCAUCUCAUCCGAAGCAGAGAUGCUUCCCAUUCGAAACGUUUUCAGUUCUUCCGGAUUGACGUGACCUUCCCAGCCAACUAACAACAGGACGCAAGCCCUUCUAAUGAACGCCUCCAGUAUCGAUCGCAUGUGCAACAGGACCAGACCUCUCCGACCUCCUGACCAGCCCUCAACAUAUCCGUCUCACUUCCUAACCCAUCAAAGGCAUCCGUAUCAGCCGGGUUCCCCCGCGUGACAAGUCGGCGCCAUAUCCGGCAUCCGGAGGUUCGUGAGAGGAUAUACCGAUGCCGUGACCAUCUUACAGGCCCUCUCUCGGGGACAGAUACUCUACACGUACCGCUAUCUACAGACGCGACCCCCGCUUCCUUCAGCAAAUA